AAAAUACCGUUCGCGAUUUGCGACUAUAUUGUGUGGGGUAAAAGAAAUAUUUUAUCUUGUUCGUGCCAUCGAAACGUAAUCAUCGAUUGGUUUCACUUCCGAGCCUCGGCGGAAUUGUUGCAAUGGAUUUCUACGCAACGAUAUGUAGACUGUGCGAAACGUCCGACAGACUGAGCGGCGACGAUAAAUGGUCGGAUUUGUUUUCCGCCGGUAGCGAGACGCUGCUGAUGAUGAUUGGGGCCUGCACCAGUGUUGUGACAGACAAAGCGGAUAACCUACCGAAACGAAUAUGCGGCCAAUGUAACACGUACUUACAGCAGGCGUACGAUUUUAGGGUGCAAUGUGAGCUAACGGAUGCUAAACUGAGGCACGAAAUUGAAUUUCUCGAAAAGAAUAAUUGGGAUAUCGGUUUGAGCAUUCCACCGUUUGAUGACGGGAAUUUUUUGCCGAUUAAAGCGGAGGACCAUCAGGAACGGACAGCUACAGAUGAUGGACUGGUGGAUAUCAAGGCGGAACAAAGCGAACGAAUUCCAGAAGAGGACGCGCAGGUUAUUUUGACCGCUGAGGAAUCGGAACUAGAUGAAAAAUUAUCGGAGAUCAAGGAAAAUCCCGAGAUGGAUAAGGAUCAGACCGCAGACGAGGCGUUGAGCAACGAUUAUGAUGAGGCGCAGAGUCAAUCAGAGCGAUCGGCUGAACCGAGUGAUUCGGACGGAUCUGAAUCCGUGGCGCUUUCGCAGAAAAAAAGGAGACGACCACGAAUCAUGUCUGACGAAAACGAUGGGAAGGCUCGCGCGAAUAUAUGUGAAACAUGUGGAGAGCAGUUCGAAAAAGCUUUUCAACUCUAUGAACACGCGCGAUCAGUUCACGGGAAGAAACGUUUCCAAUGCACCACUUGUUCGAAGUGGUUCUGCCGACGAUCUCGCUUGCGAGAUCACGAAUUGCAACACAGUGGAAUUCGGCAGUUUGAGUGUACAGAAUGUGAUCGCAAAUACGCAACCCAACAGGGUCUCAAAGCGCACAUGGAAUGCAUUCACAUCGACGUAAAGCCGCAUGUUUGUGACAAAUGCGGGAAGGGGUUCGCCAAGCCGGGAAAGCUGCGCGACCAUUACGGUAUGCAUAGUGAAUCCAGAAACUUUUUGUGUGGCGUUUGCUCGAAGGGGUUCAAAACGAAGGCUCACUUGAAUCUGCACAUGAACACUCAUCUGCCGGAGGAUCAGAAAAAAGUGCGAAGCCGACGCUGUCGGCAAAAGACCUGCGUAUGCCCGUACUGCGGGAAGGUGUCCAAUUCUGUUGGAACUCACACGAUGCACAUAAGAACCCAUACAGGCGAGCAGCGCUACGAGUGUCAUAUCUGCGCGAAACGAUUCACCUCCUCCGGGUCCCACAAGAAACAUUUGCGUGUCCACUCGGGUGAGAAACCUUUCAGUUGCGAGUUUUGCCAAAAGACGUUCCGUCAGAAACACCAUGUGACCACGCACAUACGAGGCGUGCACACCAACGAGAAACCUUACGAGUGCAAGUUUUGCCCGAAAGCAUUCGCAACCAAAGGCAAUUUGACGUUGCAUCUGCGAAGUCACGGUGGAACCGAAGCGGCAUCGAUGAUCACUGCGGAUUGCUUCGUCGUUAAUGAAUCGAAACGGAAGCGAUCGACAGCGACCAACCACCUCGAAGAAGAGUUCAACGGUAGUCUAUCGGAUGCUUCCCCAAUGUUGUCCGCCGCGAGUGAGUCGCCCAUGAUGAACUCGGGCCUAGUGUUGGCAUGCGCUGUUUUAACAGACCAGUCAGAGCAUUACUUGCAAGAUCAGGAUCAGUGAAACACGGCUGAACGCAAAUGUAAAUAACUUUAUUGUGGAAUCGAAA